CGGGGUGACGAUCUCGGCAGCCAAGUCAUCAGUGAAUGUUUCACAGUGGACCCGAAGGAGUUCAAUCGCCACCCUGCCAUCACCGUCAACGGCACGUCUUUACUGCUGUCAUGUAAGCCGAAGUUCCUUGGCGUGUGUUUCGAUACUCUCUUCACGUUCGCGGACAAUGUGAGGAAGGUCGCAAGCAAAGUGAGUCGCUGCACAAAGGUUCUCAAGGCCCAUGCAAGUACAUCCUGGUGCUGCGCGAAAGAGACUUUUGCGAUCAUGUUCAAAGCCUUGACCAAGACGCAUCUCACCUAUGCGGCAUCAGUAUGGUCUCCAACAAUCGCCCGUCCCAGCGUUCGCCGCCUUCAGUCAGCACAGAAGGCCGCCCUCCGCUUAAUCACGGGUUGCUACAAGAUGCCGCCUAUCUAUCAUCUUCAUGCGGAAGCCUCUUUCCUGCCGGUCGCCCCUCACAACGCACUCCUAAGUCAGCAGUUUUGGUGGACCUGUUCGCAACCCGAUCUACCCGUUGAUGGCUUUGCCAGCAUGAUAAACCUCCAGCGUCUUUACCAGAGAGCUGAUGUGGACGCUGUUGUGACCCUCCUGGUACUGCUAAUUAAGUCGAACUUCGAGCCAAGGAACCCGUAA